AUGCGCAAGCCGACUUGGAUUCCAAUCCAGAGUGGUGCUCUCAAUGAGUCUAUUGCAGAUGCCUUUGGUGUUAUGAUUAAGCAGUGGGGUGAAGGCAAGUGUCCCAAGACGGUUGACCAAGCCGACUGGCUUAUCGGGGAGGGAAUUUGGGCUUCUGAUGUCAAUGGCAGAGCUCUCCGAGAUAUGAAGAACCCCGGAACAGCUUACAAUGAUCCUCAAGUGGGGAAAGAUCCCCAGCCUGCGCACUGGAAGGAUUUCAAGGAACUCCCCUUAAGCAAAGACCGAGGGGGCAUUCACAUCAACUCUGGCAUCCCAAAUCGCGCUUUCUUUCUUGCUGCCACUAUGAUUGGAGGAUAUGCUUGGGAAGGUGCUGGUCUUAUUGGUACCGCACUCUGA